UAGCCCGGAAGAUGGCGGCGGCGGCGGCGGCGUCCGCAGAGGCUCCGUGAGGGGAGCGGGCGGCGCGGCCCGAUGCGGCGGAGGCGGGGGGCAGCGGCUGCCGCUCGCCGGAGGCGCUGAGAACCGAGAGCCCCCCCUUGGUUCGGCGGGGCCGGCAGCGCGGGGCAUGCGGAGGCGCGGGGCGCUCGGCGGGGCCAGGCGGCGCGGCUGCUGCUGCCCGCCGCCCCUCGGGCUCGUCCUCCUGCUGCCGCUUCUCUGCGGGGCGGCCCCGCUGCCGCCGGCGGGGGCAGGAGAAGGAGCUGCAGCUGAAGUUUCCUCAUCCUUUGUGAUUCUGUCUGUAUGUACUCUAGUAGUACUGGUCAUAUUGCUGGCAAACUGUGCCUCCUGCUGUAAAGACCCUGAGAUUGAUUUCAAGGAAUUUGAAGAUAACUUUGAUGAUGACAUAGAUUUUACACCUCCAGCAGAAGAUACUCCAUCUGUUCAGUCUCCAGCAGAAGUGUUUACUCUUUCAGUUCCCAAUAUCGCUUUGCCGACUCCUUCCCAGUUUCCAUCUCGUACAGAUGGAUCAAAGUCUCAAGUUGCACGUCAGAGUCUAAACUACAUCCAGGAAAUUGGAAGUGGCUGGUUUGGAAAGGUUCUACUUGGAGAGAUCUACACGGGCACCAGUAUAGCAAGGGUAAUAGUGAAGGAGCUGAAGGCAAGUGCAGGUCCCAAGGAGCAAGAACAGUUUUUAAGAAAUGGAGAACCGUAUUACAUUCUUCAGCAUCCGAAUGUUCUCCAGUGUAUUGGGCAAUGUGUGGAAGCCAUUCCUUACCUCCUAGUUUUUGAGUUCUGUGACUUGGGUGACCUAAAAACUUACAUCUGCAAUGAGCAAGAACACAUUAAAGGAGAUUCACGAAUAAUGCUGCUACAGAGAAUGGCAUGUGAGAUCGCUGCCGGACUCGCUGUAAUGCAUAAACAUAAUUUUGUGCAUAGUGACUUGGCCUUACGAAAUUGCUUUCUUACAUCCGAUUUAAAUGUCAAAGUAGGAGAUUAUGGUAUAGGAUUCAGUAGAUACAAGGAAGAUUAUAUUGAGACAGAAGAGAAGAAACUUAUUCCUCUCCGAUGGACUGCACCUGAGUUAGUAACAAGUUUUCAAGACAGACUGUUGUCAGCAGAGCAAAAUAAAUACAGCAAUAUAUGGUCCCUGGGUGUCACGUUAUGGGAGCUGUUCGAGAAUGCUGCUCAGCCUUACUCAGACUUCUCUGACAGAGAAGUCCUAACCCAUGUCAUAAAGGAGAAGCAGGUGAAACCCUUCAAGCCCCGUCUGGAGCAACCAUACUCUGAUAGAUGGUAUGAAGUUCUGCAGUUCUGUUGGCUGCCUCCAGAAAAGAGACCAACAGCAGAAGAAGUGCAUAGACUUUUAACUUACCUUCGCAUGCAAAGCCAAAGGGAUUCGGAGAUUGAUUUUGAACAGCAGUGGAAUGCUCUUAAACCAAACACCUCAAACAGAGAAACAAAUAAUUCUGCGUUUCCAAUCUUAGAUCACUUCACAGGAGAUAGACUUGGCCAUGAGAUGGAGGAAGUUCUUACUGUAACUGAAACUAGCCAUGGUCUUAGCUUUGAAUAUAUAUGGGAGGCAGCUAAACAUGAUCAUUUUGAUGAAUGUGGCCAUGUGAAUCCUGAUGAAGCAAUGACAUACACAAGUAUUUUCUUUCCAGUGGAGGUUUUUGAGCGAUCACUUUCAGAGCAAGGGUCGGGAGCACAGAAUGGAAGCGGUCAAGAAACAUCACUUGCUGUCCCUGGGGUGUUACCUGUGUUUGAUGCACACAAGCUUUCUGUUGGGAAUGACUACUAUAUCCAGUUAGAGGAAAAAGGAAGUGGCUGCAGCAUGAAUUUUGAUAACCAGUCAGCUGUACUAACUACAGAACUUGAUCGUCAAGAAGCUGUACAAGAUAAACAUUCUCAUUUCAUGGUUCUCAGGGAUCUUGGUAUUGAAGAAUCGAGCACUGAUGGGGACUUUUUCCACUACAAUACAGAUCCUAAGGAGGAAUUUUUGCCUGCUACUGGUAGUCCAGAAAGUCCUUUCCAGAAUAUCUUUAAUGACAUUGAUAGGUCAGAAGAAUUGACAAACAGAAAAAUGCUUGGUUUUGCUGAAACAAAUGAUAUUCCAAAAGACUUUAAACCAGCCAUUUUAAAGUCAAACAUAGAUGCUAGAAAGGCAGUAGGCCUUUCUGAGAAGGAGCAUUCUAGUCAUGCUUCUGAAAAUGAAGUGGUUCCCUUAUGUGAUAACAUCUCUAACCAGUCUGACUUGGUAACUUUAGAAGAACUUUCUGAUAACUUUUUAUUUCUUCAAGAGAAAAACUUAUUAACAGGGUUAUUGUCUAACAAAACUGGCAGUGAUUUGGGGCAAAAAACAGAUGGUGUUCUAAAAACUAUAUUAGAAACCUCAAAUAGAAACUCUGUAGAGCCUGAGCCUGUGCCGGUUGAAAAUGCACAGGUCUUUUCUUUAAUACAUGAAGGUGUGAGAGCAGUGAAAGAUGAAAAUUUUAACCCAGUGAUGAAGAGUAAAGAUCCAAAUUCUCAGUCUCACAUUGCUGUAGAGCUGCAGGCAUCCUCUAGUCCAUCUGCAGCACAUAAGUCAUGUGACAAACAUGCACAUCUUCCUUAUUUAAAGGAUGAGGGAAAACUUUUAAAUGUGGAAGUCAACAAAACUGUGUCCUGUAAUGUCGAUACUCUCUGUCAAGAGCAGCAAUUCAAUAAUGCCAAAAAUAAUAAUGUUGGAAACAGUCCAUAUUGCGUUGCUGUUGAAGCAAAUGAGUGUGGUGCACCAAUAACACAGGGAAUGCUUUUUAACUCUGAAAUAGCUUUUAGUAGAGAAAAAUGUAGUGAUCAGGAAGAUGUGGAAAGAAACUUGCAAGAUGAGUCUCCCAUAUUGAAAAAAGAUGAAUGUUUAUUGGUAGAAAAACAAGAAACAUCAAGUAAUUUUGAGAACUGUAAGGAUGUUCCAGAAGAGGUGACCUUAAUUUCUGUGACUACUUCAGAUUGUACAAGUCAGGAUAGUGUUUUAGACAAUAGCCUAUCUCCUACACAAAUGGCAGAACAAGUCUUAGAGACACCUGAUUCUUUGGAUUCUUUAGAUGUAAAUGAGGCUUUAGAAUCUUUACAGGCUCAAAGUCCUCAGGAACUUCUGCCUCCUGAUAAACCUGCUGACAGUGGCUACGAAACGGAGAACCUGGAAUCUCCAGAAUGGACUUCCCAUGUCACUGUUGAUGAUGCUUCUAGUGUAGAUACAGCUCUCUGUGCUGUCAGUGAGAGCAACGCCAGUGCUUUACCUUCUAAUCCAGUCAUAAUUGUUUCAGAAGCAGCUGCUUGUUUAGACGCAGUGAACAGCAGUUUUGAAAUAACCCCAAAGCUUUUCCUGGGUGGAAGUCAAAACUCGUAUAGAGACUCUGCCUAUUUCUCUGAUAAUGAGUCUGAGACAGAUAAAAAACCAGAAGAGACUGUAAAUCUGUCAAGAGAGACCAUGUGUGGUGUUCCCUCAAACAGAGGAGAGAAGAGUAGCGAAGAGGAUUACAGUGCUGAAGAGAGACAGCAAAAGCAUCAUGUAAGGAACUGCCAGGAUACCAAUAAUCAAAGGGCAGAAUUGGAACUAAAUCAUGACUUGGAGAUGCAAGAGGUGGAUGUGGGGAUGCAGGGGUGUCCUGAUGAGUGGGCUGAGGCAACUCUGAGUGCCCUGGAAAUAUCUAUAGGAAGUAACCUAAGGGAUGAAAUAAAAUUAUCUGAGACUUCCUAUAAAACAGUCUCUUGCGUUGGCACGAAUACUUCAGAACUUCUUUCACAUAGAGACCUAAAGUCUGUGCAUAACAUACACAGCCCUUUAGAUCUAAGUAACAGUGAGAAGUCCUUCUAUCACAUCGAAGGACAAAAACUGAAAGAGCCAGAUAUUGAAGGAAAAUACCUCGGCAAACUCAAUGUUUCUGGAAUGCUUGAUUUAGAAGAUGGUGAUGAUGCAGAUGAGGAGGAUGAAAACAGUGAUUCUGAGGAUGACAUGAGGACUUUCCAUAUGCAUAGUCUGAGUUCUGACAGUGAAGAUGAAACUGUUCAUCAAGUACCUGAGAUACUUACUGACAAGGACGAUGGAAAAUAUCUGAGAAGCUUGUUGAAACUUCCAAAACCUAUAAAUGAAAGGCAACAUGAGCAUUGGAAAAAUGAGAAAAAGGCUGUAACGUUCUUUGAUGAUGUGACGGUCUAUUUGUUUGAUCAGGAAAUGCCAACUCAGGAGCUAGGAAACCGCGCAGCAGACCUGAAUGGUGAAGACUCUCACAGCACUCCUGUUCCAUCUUCCAGUUUUAGUUACUUAAACAGAUUUGCAAAUUCGGAAAGCUCAACAGAUGAAGAAGGUGGUGGUUUUGAAUGGGAUGAUGACUUCUCUUCUCCAGAGCCAUCCUUUAUAUCGAAGGCAGCUAAUAGUCUCAUUAGUUCUAAACCACCUCUUCAGUCAUCAAAAUACUUCUCACCACCUCCCCCUUCCCGGACUCUUGACCAGAACUGGUCACAUUCAUCCCCAUAUUCCAGAUUCUCCAUCUCUCCUGCAAACAUGGCAAGCUUUUCUCUUACGCAUCUUACAGAUUCGGAUAUAGAGCAAGGAGGAAGCAGCGAAGAUGGAGAAAAAGAUUAAAUUAAUUAAGACUUCUUUGGACUGCAUACAUAAUACACACAGACUUUGUCAAACUUCUUUAUCUAAACUCUGGACCCUCCUGGAGUGACACAGGUAAUCAAGAAGUACCAAGAAAUGAAAGUAAACACUGAAAGCAAUGUUAAAUCAGGACAUUAAUUUGAAUGUGUAUUUAACUUUGUAAUGUAUUUUUAAAUCAGUGCAAUUUUGCUUUUCAUUGAAAGAUGAUUCUGCCGCUGUUUUCAAGUACUUGAAGUAUUUUUCAGAUGAUAACUUAAGAAACAAGUAAAGCAAUUACACUACGGUCUGGUUUAUGUAUGAGAUUGUAUAAUAUUCAUUUUAUAUUUUUCCAUGUAGUUCAUUACCUAUGGACAUACCCCUGUUGUAGAACUGUGUAUAGCUGUCCUGUGCAGCAGGUGGCUGUGUUGCUGAAGCUGUAUGAACGAUAGUUGAUCAGUAGUGAGCCAUAUUUAUUCAAAAAGAUAUCACUACGUACUACUUUGCUUAUUACAAUUGCACUAUGGAUUAUUCUUCCUUUAUUUCCUGAUGAUGUACAGAAUCAAAAUCUUAAAUCUUUCAAGGAAAAUAAGACAAGUUGAAUUGGCCCAGUCAUCCAGUUUAAUUUGUCCUUUUUUUGUAGCCUUUGCUAUGCACGGUACUUGUAAAACAUACAUGACUUCUGAGUGUUCUGCUAGACUUGCUGAAAUCUUAUAUUCAGUACCAUUUCUAAAUGAUAAUGAUUAUAGAUUGAUUGUUAGUGUUCGUGUUUUAUAGGAAACUGGAAAAGAAUAUAUGAUAACCUCUGAAAUUUUUAGAUGAAAGAGAUAAUGUCUCUUAAUUCCUGGAUAUGAUCCUACUGACUACUUAAACUGUAAUAGCAUCUGACUAUAUCGUAAUUAAGGGCCUUCCAGUUUUUAUUACAAUUUCUGCCUUGAAGAGAGAAGAGGAAAAAUUGGCUACACAAAACUGUGGAAUUUAUGAAUCAUAAAAAGACUAAUUUCAAUAGACUGGAUGUGGGCACGGUUGGCCCUUUGGUUGUACAUUCUGUGAAUUUUGAAGCUCACUCUUUUGCUGACUGCAGACCGGGGCUGCAGUUCAAAGGCCUGUGGUAAAUCUACCUCUCAGUGAUGUUGUGACAAUUAAGAAUUAGACUAAUGGUUAAUGCCCAAUUUUGUACCCUUUAUAAGGCCAGGCCUAUUUUAAGGUGUCUGCAAGGCUCCAUGGUACAGCUUGAAAUGCACCCUGACCCAAAGAUGCGAUUAGUUUGCUCUGAGGCUGUCCUUAGGGAAGGGAAUAUAAUGUGGGAGUUUUUAAAGGAUGAAACCAGCCAAAUGCAUGGUAGAGUGUGAAGGUUAAACUGCUUGGGGGAAAAAAAAAAAAAAACAACAACAAAACAACUUAAUUACUAGUCCAAGGUGAGUUCAGUUGAGAAACAAAUCCCUGACCUCUUGGAAUGCCUUACACAGCUGUGGAUCUGUAGGAAACAUUGAUGGGAACAGUUUACCUGUCUUUGUCUGUACGAAAAUACGAAGUACUUUGUAAUUUAGUGGCUGUUUUGGCAGGGCUUCAGUGUUAGGGUGGUCCAAGUUCAGAUCCAGUCACUGGAGCAUUUCCAUCAUGUGAAGUAUGCGAGGACUGGAUAAUUUCAGAUGUGUAAAGUUUGGGUUUGUGUACCUCUAUAUGUAUUUUUAUUUUUAAAUAUGGUUAAAAUGACAGGAAUAUGUUAAUUGCUUUUUUCCCAGUGUUAUUUAGCCCUUAACCAGAAUGGUUCUUGUACAGAUCAAAAGGGAAUGAUUUUAGUUAGAACGUUAAAAGUUGCCAGUGAGAUAUCCUCUUCUGACAAGGUGCUCAGGCUCCAAGUUAGUCAGAGCUGUUCUUCAGCAUGAAGUGAGGAACUACAAUUCUCAUGGACUUUUCCCAAAACAUGAUUUCAGAGGCAAAGCCAAGUAGUUGUUAAUACAGGCUUACAGCAUGUACUGUAGAGGGCUUAAGGAAGCUGUGUGCCAUCUCAGUAUUUAAAAAUAUAGGUAAUAGAUUUUGUACACAAACUACUGCUUAGAAAUUCCAUAAUUUCAACAUUAAGCUCCUUGAUACAGCUAGAUUAAGGUAUCUCACCUUUCUUCUGUAAUUCUCACCAUAGUAAAAAUGAAACUCCAUAAUGGUCUGCAAAGAAUGAGUGGGCUUCUCUGCCUCACUGGUGAAAAAUCAGCUGUCAGACUUGG